GCCGUCCGCGUGGGCAGCCGCGGCGCCUGCCUGGGGCUUCCCCUGUUACUCUGCAUCCUCUUUCGGGGACUAACCUGCCCCGCCCUUCGCCGAGAUUCUCAAAAAACGCAAGCAACUCUUUAUUUUUAUUUAUUUUUAAAAAUAUAGACCUGGGCAGGAAUCCAAGAUUGCUUCGUGGAGGUUUGCUGGGACGGUGCCCGCGGUAGCACGUGUCGCUUGCUCACAGGGCCCCAACCUGAGGACACCUGACAGGGGAAGGGACCCCUCACUCGGGUGUGGGCCCGGGGGUCCCCAGAUGCAGGCCCAGUGUCUCAAAGCGCAUGGCAGGGGUCUCCAGCGUGGCGCUCAGCAGGCCUCCUGUCGGCCCAGUCCGAGUGGGCGCUCUGCACCCCACUUCCCUCGCCCACCGCAAACCCACAGAAACCAACACCCUGGAGGUCCCCGCGCUGAGCCAGGCUCGGGAGGGGUGGCCUCGCCUCUCUGCCCAUGCCCAUUCCAAACCAAGUGACUCAGGGUGAGGGAGCCCUCCCCCUGUGGAGCUGCCUGGGGGCUUCCAGCGGAAAGGGGGCGCAGAGCUGGCACUGUGAACCUCCGGACUCCCGGGGUGGGGAGCCUAUCCUCACAGAGACGAGCCACAGUGCCGAGGCUCUGGCCAGGGGCGGGGCGCUAGCCUUGGACAGGGCCUGGUGCUGAAAAGGGGCAAAGCCAGAGUUCCCUGGGCUCCGGGUGCGCCUUAUACCACGUGGUGGCAAGGUCCUGAGGCUAGUGUCCCGCGAGGGGGCCGCGCAGGAAGGACACCCGUGGAGGGUGGGCCUGGGCAGCCUGGCUCAGCAUCAGAAGCCCUGAUUCCUGGGGGGCCAUCUGUCCUGAAUGCUGCCGCCUCAAGGGGAGAGUGAGUGUGUGUGUGUGUGCGCGCGCGCGCACGAACGUGCGUGUCAGUGCACCCGGUGGUUUGCAGGGUGCGCGCCCACAGCGCGCCCCAGGUGGCCCACGCGGGCCUCGGGUUCCCUGAGCUCAGCGCCCGGGUCCGGGCCGCCCCCCGCGUGUCGUUGCAGCGCGCUGCAGGAGCAGAAGGGCGAGCUGCGCAAGCGGCUGUCCUACACCACGCACAAGCUGGAGAAGCUGGAGACCGAGUUCGACUCCACUCGCCACUACCUGGAGAUCGAGCUGCGGCGCGCGCAGGAGGAGCUGGAGAAGGUCACCGAGAAGCUGCGCCGGAUUCAGACCAACUACAUGGCGCUGCAGAGGAUCAACCAGGAGCUGGAGGACAAGCUGUACCGCAUGGGCCAGCACUAUGAGGAGGAGAAGCGUGCGCUGAGCCACGAGAUUGUCGCCCUCAACAGCCAUCUGCUGGAGGCCAAGGUGACCAUCGACAAGCUGUCGGAGGACAACGAGCUCUAUAGGAAGGACUGCAAUCUAGCGGCCCAGCUGCUGCAGUGCAGCCAGACCUACGGCAGGGUCCAUAAGGUGUCCGAGCUGCCCUCGGACUUCCAGGAGCGCGUGAGCCUGCACCUGGAGAAGCAUGGCCGCAGCCUGCCCUCCCCGCUCUGCCGCCCGGCCUACGCCGACAGCGUCCCCACCUGCGUCAUCGCCAAGGUGCUGGAGAAGCCCGACCCCGCCAGCCUGUCCUCCCACUUGUCCGACGCCUCGGCCCGCGACCUGGCCUUCCGCGACGGCGUGGACAAGUCCGGCCCGCGGUCCCCGUACAAGGACGAGGACAUCUGCUGCAGCGACCCGGCCCUCUACCACCCGGAGGAGCAGCAGCUUGACCGGCGAGGCAGCGUGGACACGCCCGUGGCCGAGGUGGGCUUCCUGCAGGCCCAGAAUUCCACCGACAGCGCGGCUGAGGAGGAGGAAGAGGCCGAGGCGGCGGCCUUCCCCGCCAGCUUCCGCCAUGACGCCUUCCCGGGCUACGCGGGCUCGCUGCCCACGUCCAGCUCCUACUCCAGCUUCAGUGCCACGUCCGAGGAGAAGGAGCACACGCAGGCCAGCACGCUCACCGCCUCGCAGCAGGCCAUCUACCUGAGCAGCCGCGACGAGCUCUUCAGCCGCAAGCCGCCCACCUACGAGGGCAGCCCGCGCUUUGCCAAGGCCGCGGCCGCGAUGGCCUCCCCACUCGAGGCCGAGGUAGCCCCGGGGUUCGCAAGGACAAUGUCCCCAUACCCGGCGGAGUCCUUCCGCUUCCCGGGCUCCCCGGGCCCCCAGCAGGCGCUGAUGCCCCCAAACCUGUGGAGCCUGCGGGCCAAGCCAGGGUCCGCCCGGCUCUCCAGGGAGGACAUGCGGGGCCACUGGCGCCCGCUGAGCGUCGAAGACAUCGGUGCCUACUCCUACCCGGUCCCCAGCAUAGGCCGAGCCUCACCCCGCAGCUUCUCUGAACGCUACUACGGUGGCAGCAUGAGCAGCCCGGGCCGGAAGGCCGAGGGCCGCGCCAGCCCCCUCUAUGCCACCUAUAAGGCCGACAGCUUCUCGGAGGGGGACGACCUCUCCCAGGGCCCCCUGGCAGAGCCCUGCUUCCUCCGGGCAGGCGGCGGCCUGAGCCUCAGCCCCAGCCGCUCUGCCGACACCCUCCCCGGCUACGCGCCCAGUGACGGGGACGGGGACAGGCUCGGGGUGCAGCUGUGCGGGGCCGGCAGCAGCCCUGAGCCAGAACAUGGCUCCGGGGAGUCCUUGGAGCCCAGCUCCAUGGAGGCCUCUCCAGAGAUGCUCCCCGCCGCCGCCCGCCCGGGGCCCCCGCAGGCCUUCCCGCGGACUGGCAGCUCCGGGCUGAGCCGCAAGGACAGCCUGACCAAGGCCCAGCUCUACGGAACGCUGCUCAACUGAGCGCCUCUGCCAACCCUGCCCACCCAGUGGGGCGCCCAAGGGGCGACCUCCCCUCCCCACACCAGCCCCGACAGGGUCCCCAUCCCGCCAGAUACUCUCUGCACCCAACCCUGUGUAGCCCGAGAGGAGGCCCCUCGCCCGUCUUGUCUGUCCAAGCCCCGCCCCAGAAGACCCACGUAGAACCUUUCCACGCCCAGUGUCCCCCUGCCCGAGGUGAGCAGCCCCCCUUUUAUAACGUGAACCUAUUUUUAUAGAGACAAAGGGUCUUUCUUAACGCUCUAGGCCUCCAGCUCCCUGGACGGCAGCCUUGGCGUUUUCAACACGAAGCUCCUUUCUUUUUCCGGGGAGGGUGCGUGGGGCCUGUCCUCGGGAGGGGACAGACCAGACUGCACAGUGGCAGGGAGACACCCAGCAAGCCAGCUGCAAGGGGACCCGAAGCUCUGUCCACGAGAGGGGACGUGAACCCCAUUAGGGUAUAGGAAGUGUUUUAAAACCCCUUUCUCCCCGUGCGGCCAGCACACCCCGAGCUCCUCCGCGGCCUGUAUCCGGAGCGGGGCCGGGACGAUGCCCCGUACGGCCGGUGCUCACCCCACCCCCACCCUGCCGACCCCACUGUGCUCUACCUCAGAGUAUGAGGCCCUGCCCCCGCCCUCCUCUCUGUGAUGCAUGCCUGUCCAGUUCGUGUUGUAUUUUGCAUUCAUUAAUAAAGGACACUAGUGGGAAGA